AGUAAGUUUAUACUAACUACUAGCUACUCUCUUGGUCAUAUCACAUAUUUAUAUAACCAUCUUCAUACUCAUUACCACCUUGUGAUCACAAUAUUUUAUUUAUGUUCACUACACUCUUAUCAUCAUAACUAGAAAAUUAAACAGAAAAGCAGAAGCACUUUUUUCAUCAUGGAAGCCUAUUCUGGUUCUUAUUCCUCAUCAUCCAACUCUUCAUACUUGACCCAAAACAACCGUGAGGACUCAAAAGGGUAUCACAUGAAACAACAAAUUUACCCUCUUCAAAAUCACAGUUCUUCGUGGCUCCGUUCCGUGAGAAAGACACCAGCAAAGCCGUGGAAGAAGCACCAUGUGGCACCGAUGCCACCAACACCAGUGAAAGUGUACAAAGUGGAUGCUAUAAACUUUCGUGAAGUUGUUCAGCAACUCACAGGUGCACCCAAGCACAAGCCUCAGCAGCUUCUCCAAAUCAACAUCGCACGUGCUGAAUCUUCUGAUGCUCCCCUUGAUGUGCCACCAAAGCAAAACCAAUCAAGUGGAGACACGUGCAAUAAAUGGUACCAGGAGUUUCUCUUGGGAAUGAAUUCUCCGGGGACUAAUAAUAAUAAUAAUGAUGGAGCAAUGACACCGGGUUUUCUAGGAAUGAAUUUGCUCUCACCAAAUUCUUAUAGUAAUUAUUUCUGUUUCUUUCCUCCUUUGAGCCCAAGUGGUGUCACAAGUUUGGAACCGGGGAAGGUUCUCUAGGUCUAGGCCUUUUACAAGAUUCUAGCUAUAUGCUAUAUUGAUAUGUAUUUCUGUUCUAUUAUCUACUUUCUUUCUUUUUCGUUUGUUACUGUUAUUACAGUUGAAUUAUCCAUCUAGCUAGCUUAAACCUUCAACUUUUUUGGGGUAGUCAAAUGGCAACAAAAACAAGUUGUUAACUAA